AUGUACGACUCAAACCGACCCCACCCACUCCUAGCUCAAGUAUCCCUCACAGUCUCCCCAUUCAUCUCCCUCCCCUCCGCCGUAACUCUACCAUACACCUACAAAUCCAUCGCCUCGACGCUGCCGCCCUCCAUCACAACUGCUGCUGGACCUGAAAAUACCACCGAAAACGCUGGCAAAACGCGCUACGUCGUCUCCUCCACCGGCGGCCAUGUAGCGCACCCAGACGAGAUCCUAGCAUCUUGCCAGGCGCUCGAGACACAUCUGAAAAAGACCAUGAUCGAUGCCGAGCGCACAAUCAAAGAAUGGGAAGAGAGUACACGGCAACGCGAACUAGCAGAGAAGCGGAGGUUGGCGCCUGGUUGGUUGGAUAGAGAUGAGAAGUUGCUGCAGCCUGAAGCUGCAUCUUCUUUGGCGGCACACAAUGCGCAGAAUGUUAGUGUUGGCGAUAGGCAUGCGAGUAUCUUGGAUUCGAGUACGAGGGAGCAGGAAGCGCAGUCGGUGCCUGCUAUUGCGCCGAGGGAUGAGGGGGAGGAGUUAGACAGGGCCUUUGGGGGGUUGGAUGUGAAGUGA